CUCACUUCUUCACAGCUCUCUCAUCUGUUGAAUUUUUAUUCAUCUUUCUGCAAUGGCUUCUUACUCUCUUGUGUUGAUGUUAGUUGCUGCAUUGUUGGUGACUUUCACCGUUGCUCAAUCUCCACCAGUUGUCACUCCUCCAGUUCCUUCACCAUCCACCGUCGUCACACCACCUUCUCCUUCCACUCCUCCUCCUGCCGUCACUCCGGCACCGGUCUCGAAGUCUCCAGCUAAAGCGCCAUCACCAUCCAAAAACAAUGCUGCUUUGAACGGAUUCACUGUUGCCGGAUCUGCGGCUUUCGUGAUUUUCGCUUCUGCAUUCGUGAUGUAGAGAGAGAGCUACUCUUUCUUUUUUAGUUUGAUUUAUUUUGUUUUUAGUUAUAAGUUUACAUUGAUCUUUAACUUUUUAACACA